AGCAACGUCACAAUUGGUUCCUCUGGCCCCCAGAGAGGGAAAGGUGAGCAGGGCCUGCCCGGUCCAUCAGGACCCAAGGGAGAGAAGGGAGCCCGGGGCAAUGACUGUGUACGAAUCUCCCCGGACGCCCCGCUUCAGUGUGCAGAAGGCCCAAAGGGAGAGAAGGGGGAGUCGGGAGCCUUGGGACCCUCAGGACUCCCUGGCUCCACAGGCCAGAAGGGCCAGAAAGGCGAGAAGGGAGACGGAGGCAUCAAGGGCUCGCCAGGAAAGCCAGGCCGAGAUGGCCGGCCAGGAGAGAUCUGUGUCAUGGGGCCCAAAGGGCAGAAGGGAGACCCUGGCUUUGUUGGGCCUGAGGGGCUGGCGGGAGAGCCUGGGCCCCCUGGCCUCCCUGGGCCCGCCGGGAUAGGACUUCCUGGGACCCCGGGGGACCCAGGUGGCCCUCCAGGCCCCAAGGGAGACAAGGGCAGCUCCGGAGUGCCGGGAAAGGAAGGUCCUGGUGGGAAACCUGGGAAGCCAGGGGUUCCAGGGCUGAAGGGAGAGAAGGGUGACCCCUGCGAAGUGUGCCCAACGCUGCCUGAAGGGUUCCAGAACUUUGUGGGGCUCCCUGGAAAGCCAGGGCCCAAGGGAGAACCGGGUGAUCCUGCACCAGCCAGGGAGGGCCUGGAAGCUGUUGGACAAAAGGGUGAUCGGGGUGAGCCUGGCAUCCAAGGCCUCAAAGGAGAAAAGGGGGAGUCCUGCUUGUCCUGCAGCUCAGCCAUAGCAGCCCAACAUCUUGGGCCCUCUAUAGGGCCCAAAGGAGAUGUGGGCCCUCCUGGCCUCGGUUUGCCUGGCCUUCCGGGGAAAGUUGGAGCUCCAGGGCCGACAGGGCUGAAAGGAGAGAAGGGUAAUUUCGGGGAGGCAGGGCCAGCCGGCAGUCUGGGGCCUCCAGGGCCAGUGGGACCCACAGGCAUCAAGGGGGAGAAGGGGGAGCCUUGUGAGUCAUGCAGAGCCCUGUCCAAGCACCAGGAUGGGGAAAGCCACGUGGUGGCCUUGCCUGGGCCUCCCGGAGAGAAGGGGGAGCCUGGGCAUCCAGGUUUUGGCCUGCCAGGAAAGCAGGGCAAAGCUGGAGAGCAUGGAUUGAAGGGGCAGAAGGGCGAUGCUGGGAAUCCCGGAGACCCUGGAAUACCGGGCACCAUGGGGCGGCCGGGACUGCCGGGAGAGGCUGGGGAUCGGGGCCCUGCAGGGUCAAAAGGAGAAAAGGGUGAUGGCUGCACUGCCUGCCCCAGCCUGCAGGGGGCGUUGACCGACAGGGCAGGACUGCCUGGGAAGCCAGGCCCGAAAGGAGAUCCGGGACCGGAAGGCGUGGGCCGGCCUGGUAAACCGGGCCAGCCUGGUCUACCAGGAGUUCAAGGACCCCCAGGACUGAAGGGCAUACAGGGAGAGCCAGGGCCUCCAGGAGUGGGAGUCCAGGGGCCCCAGGGGGAGCCUGGAGCCAUGGGUUUGCCUGGCAUUCAGGGGCUUGUGGGACCUCGGGGGCCACCUGGCCCUGCUGGAGAGAAGGGUGCCAAGGGAUCUCCAGGGGUGAAAGGAGCCACUGGGCCUGUGGGACCUGCUGGUGCCAGUGUCUCUGGGCCUCCGGGCCCUGAUGGGCAGCAAGGACAGACUGGACUUCCAGGACCCAGAGGGAUGCUGGGUGAAAAGGGAGCGCAGGGAGAAAAGGGUGAGCCAGGGGAGUGCUCCUGCCCCUCCCGAGGGGACCCCAUCUUCUCUGGCAUGCCGGGUGCUCCGGGACUUUGGAUGGGCAGCUCCUGGCAGCAGGGCCCGCAGGGUCCUCCGGGUGUUCCCGGACCACCAGGCCCCCCUGGAAUGCCUGGGCUUCAGGGAGUGCCUGGGAACAACGGUUUGCCAGGACAGCCUGGGCUGACUGCAGAGCUGGGAUCCUUGCCCAUUGAACAGCACGUCCUUAAGAGCAUCUGCGGGGACUGUGUCCAGAGGCAGACGGCCCACCCGGUGGCCCUCCUGGAAAGUGGAGAGAAGGGAGACCAGGGCAUCCCCGGCGUGCCAGGCCUCGACGGCUGCACCCGGUGCUUCAUGGAGCGGGAGCGCCCGAGGGCCGAGGAGGCCCGGGGGGACAACGGCGAGGGAGAUCUGGGCUGUGCAGGGAGCCCCGGCCUGCCCGGUCCUCCGGGACUGCCCGGCCAGAGAGGAGAAGAGGGUCCGCCCGGCCUGAGGGGCUCCCCGGGUCUUCCAGGCCCUAUUGGCCCCCCAGGUUUUCCUGGUGCUGUUGGCUCCCCCGGAUUGCCUGUAAGAACCUAGCGCUGCUCGACCUCCCCUUCCCCUGCCAGCCAGGUCUCUGUGGCUUUUGCUUGUCUCCCUUCCUGUCGUGCCCCGGCCCCCCUCCUCCAUGUUUGUCCUUGUCCCCCCGCAGGCUCGGUAGCUAACGACACAGGUUCCCUGAGGUCCCAGCAGCUUGGACGGCCUCCCAGUCUCUGACUUCUUUUCGUUUCUCCCUUCUCCCUCUUCUCCUGCUUUCUCUCCCUCAUCUUCUCUCUUCUCCCCCCUUCCGUUUCCCUUUUUUCUCUCCCACAA